UCGCAAUCGCAUUACAACAUUCAAAUUGUUUUAUUAUCUCAUAAUACUGACCUUUCGGAAAUGACGAAGGAUGUUUUCUUAAAGCUUUUGACAGACAGGAUUCUUUUGAGAGUGGCAUCGUGAUGGCGGUUGUUGAAGUUGGCAGCUUUAUGAAAUUUUAUUGUGUAUCGAGCUUCUCCGGAUCUGUUGCGGAAUUUUGAAAAACGGGAAUAAUACUUCCCAUAAUAUCGGGAUGGUUUAAUAUUUAAGCGCUGUAUUACGAGUUACACUCGUGAAAGAAUUAAUGAUUCUAAUAAUGCAAGUGAAAAGUAUUUGCUGAUUUUUGCUUAAAAAGUGCACAUUUGAAGAAAGAAACUGGAAUCGUAGUGUUAAAUAGUCUCGAUGUAUUUUAUCCGAAUGCAAUAAAAUUCAGGUUAAUCUUCAGUAAUGGCACAAAAGGGUUUUGCCUCAAACAAUUCCUUAAAUAUGGAUUCAUUUUUACAUGUGGAUAAAGAGAUUGAAUUCAUAGUUGAUGAUAGUUCCUCACAAUAUUCCUUUGCUGUGCCAACUGAGAAAACAUUAGAAUUGUCACGAAAAACGUAUUCAAAGAAGAAUCCAAUCACAUAUCAUCAUUAUAGUUCUUCUCCAGACAAGAUGCAGGUUAAUGGAAAUACAUCUGUAACAAAUACUUGUAUUCUUAAUCAAAGAAAUUCACCAGUUGAACAAAAGAAACUUUUGAGAGGUAAAAGGAGUAAAGAUUCACAUCCUAUAAAUUCGAAGUCCAUGCCUCCUAAAAGAAUGAAACGAAAAGAAACAAAUGAUAUUAAAAUCAUACAUCAUAAAAUAAAUGUGCCUAAAUCAUCAAAUAAAUUUUAUAAAGGGGUUUCAAACUCUAAUUUAGUUGUUGAUCCUGAGAUAGAAAUUAUAGAAAUUAAACAAAAUUCACCUAAAUCAAGAUCUGUUGGCCUUCUUGAAACAAAUAUUACUGUCACUCCAAAUUAUUGUAGUGCUAAAGGGAAAGCUAAAGACAAGUUAGAUAUUUUGCAGAAAAAGAAAAAUCCAUUAAAAAUGGUGCCCCAGCCAGUUUCUGAACCAUGUUAUCCGUCUAAUGAUGAAGUGUUGAUAAACGAAGCUGAUACAGCUCCUAUAAUGCCAAGCUCUGAUAUUCCUGAUGGAACUGUUAUUGAGGCAUCAAAUAGCAUGAUAAAUGCAUCUACCUCAAGGAAGUGGCUUUCUGCUGAUGGAACAGUUAGAUUUUCACAGUUAAAUAGUGAUAAUUCUCCUGCUGCCAAAGGAGCUAAAAAGGAUGGGGGAAAAAUUUUACUUCCAUCACAAAAAAAAUUUGAAAAAAGCAGAGAGCUUAGAAGAUUGUAUAAUAAUUUGAAUGAAAUUUCUUGGUUUCAUGAGAAAAGCUUUCAGAAAUUAUUAGUUAACAAAAAGGGUCAUAUUCAGCAUUUUGAUAAGAAUUUGCGUCACAUAAAAUCAGCUUUGCUACAUAGACUGAAGCGGCAGCCUAUGAAAAAGUCUGCAGCAAAGAUCGUAGCUUUGAAAAAAACAAAAAUUGCAAGAUUAAAACAUAAAGUACCUGCAAAACGUUUGCCUUUUAAACAGGUGAAUAAAAAGGUACUUGCCUCUAAACAAAUCAGUAAAACGAAUACCAUUAAGCAAAACAUGAAUGUUAUCAAAAAACAUGGUACUUCUAAUCUCCGUACAAAAAAGCAUAUCAUUAAUCGAAAUAAUAAUAAAAAAAUUCAGAAUAUGAAGAAAGGGACGAAAAUUAAUAGCAUUAGCAAAAAAUAUAUUAAUGCUGAAAUCAGAAAAGAAAAUAUAAAGAAAGGAGUGAAAAUUGAUAAGGGAAAACAAUAUAUCAAUGCUAGAAUUAAAAAAGAAAAUAACAAUGCUGGAAUUAAAAAAAGAGAUAUCAAUGCUAAAAAUAAAAAAGAAAAUGCCAGUACUAAAAGUAAAAAAGAAAAUGGUAGUAGUAAUGCCAAAAAAACCGUUAAUGCCAGUCCCAAGAAGUUAAUUGUUAUGCACAUUGGUAACAAAAAAGAUAAUGUUCUAAACACCAGUGAUAAAAAGAAGGUUGUUACAAGUAGUGAGAAAAAAAUAAAUUCUGCUAGUACCAGCGGCAAGAAAAUAAGUAUUACUGCUCCCCUCAUGAAGAAGGCCAAUGCUGUUACUCCAAUUAUGAAAAAGACAAGUGUAAAUAUCAGUGAUAAAAAAUUAACUGCCGCUACUAAUUUUAAGCUGAAUAAUACUGACCCGAAAAAUAAUAUUAAAAAAUCUAAAGUGAUGCCUAAGAUAGUAUACAGAGGAAAAAAUAAAACUGUACCCAGUUCAAGAAUGGAUUUUUCUGUGGCUUCUGGUAGUGGUCUGCAGAAUGCUUGCAAUAUCUUCAAGACAGAUGUAUGCAGUUCUAAUCCUUCGGCUUCAUUGCUGAAAAAUAUGUAUAAAAACUUAGAAAAAGUUGAAAUCUCAAAUGAAGUAGAUAUUUAUCGUAGGUUUAUAAGCGGUGAGAAGGAAAUUUAUUCAGCUUUUCAAAGAGGUUCAAAACUGAGAGUUACUCUUGAACCUCUUGAACAUACUGAUUGGUGGACAGAUGAAUGCUAUGAAUCAGUAAAGAAAGAAAUGUUGCAGCAAGCUCUUCUCAAAGGUAUAAUGUAUUUUCAUGUUUUUAUAAAUGUUAUUUAUUAG